AUGGGAAUCGUAUCAGGUAAGGGGCAGUAUUAUGAUGCUAAGGCUACCCCAGUCGGCUCCUUACCGCCACGAACUUCGGGCGAUGCACCAUGGAGUCAAGGAGAAGCUUCUUAUCAGAAAAGCGUCGGAUGUCCUUUGGGACUAAAAAACAAAGCAAAAGGAAUUGUGUUAUUGGUGCCCGGAACAGGUGGCGACGCCAGUGAGGCUUACAAGUCGUCACCUUAUUACCAAGGCCUCCCGUCCCAAGGGUUCGAUGUGUGCUGGGUGAAUAUUCCAAACUAUUCCCUGGGUGACAUGCAACUUGCUGCCGAGUUCGUCGCCUAUGCGAUCAAAUAUCUAGCACCCAAAUCGACCGCAAGCGGGGGUAAAAUCAACAUUGUCAGCUAUAGCCAAGGUGGCCCAAACGGAUCAAAUUAUAUGAAAGCUGCAAACAGCCUCAAGGAUAAACAAAGUGCCGCUUACGCGCUCAUUCCAACUACCAUCAUCUAUAGCACUACCGAUGAGAUUGUUACCCCCCAAACCGGUCCCAGUGCAUCCUCUCAAUUGAUCGGAGCAACGCGGAUCUCAAUCCAGCAAAUUUGUGGCAUUCUGGACAGCCCUGGUCACUUUUUCAUUCUGGGAGACGUUGGAGUCUACGGUAUCGCACUUGAUGCCUUGCUUAAAAGCCGUCCAGCUCAGCCGUCAACGGUCGAUCGCUCUUAUUGCAAAAAGACAGGCAAUCUUGGGAACGACUUGAAAUUUGCCUUCCGCGUUGCUAUCGGUGAGGAGAGAGGAAAGAUGAUUGCUACCCAAUUGAGAACUCUAAAAUACGUCUGCGACCGUGGAUAUACAACUUCCAAAUGUGCUUCGAAUGGCUUCAAAGACAAGCCUACUAAUGGAUCGGUUUCCAAUCUCAACAAAACUUUAUCUGAUGAUUUGAUGGACUGA